UGUGUGUUUGCAGCAACAAUGUCUAAGGGACCAUCUGUUGGAAUUGAUCUUGGCACCACAUAUUCCUGUGUUGGUGUCUUCCAACAUGGCAAAGUGGAAAUCAUUGCCAAUGACCAGGGUAACAGAACCACACCAAGCUACGUUGCCUUUACCGAUACAGAAAGGCUUAUUGGUGAUGCUGCAAAGAACCAAGUGGCUAUGAACCCCACUAACACAGUUUUUGAUGCAAAACGCCUGAUUGGUCGCAGAUUUGAUGAUGCUGUCGUCCAGUCUGAUAUGAAACACUGGCCUUUUACUGUCGUGAAUGAUGCAGGCAGACCAAAAGUCCAGGUGGAAUACAAAGCAGAAACAAAAAGCUUUUACCCAGAAGAAAUAUCUUCCAUGGUGCUAACCAAAAUGAAGGAGAUUGCUGAGGCAUACUUGGGAAAGACUGUUACAAAUGCAGUGGUGACUGUCCCAGCUUACUUCAAUGACUCCCAACGCCAGGCUACAAAAGAUGCCGGAACCAUUGCUGGUCUCAAUGUGCUCCGGAUCAUCAAUGAGCCAACUGCUGCUGCUAUUGCCUAUGGCUUGGAUAAAAAAGUUGGUGCUGAGAGAAACGUCUUGAUCUUCGAUCUUGGCGGUGGCACCUUCGACGUCUCCAUCCUCACCAUCGAGGAUGGCAUCUUUGAAGUGAAGUCCACCGCAGGCGACACCCACUUGGGCGGCGAAGACUUUGACAACCGCAUGGUCAACCAUUUCAUUGCUGAGUUCAAGCGCAAACACAAGAAGGACAUCACGGAGAACAAGCGAGCCGUCCGCCGACUCCGCACGGCCUGCGAGCGGGCCAAGCGCACCCUGUCCUCAAGCACUCAGGCCAGUAUCGAGAUCGAUUCCCUGUACGAGGGCAUCGACUUCUAUACCUCAAUCACGAGAGCUCGGUUUGAAGAGCUGAAUGCCGACUUGUUCCGCGGCACUCUGGAUCCCGUGGAGAAGGCGCUGCGGGAUGCCAAGUUGGACAAAUCUCAGGUCCACGAUAUCGUACUGGUUGGUGGGUCCACCCGAAUCCCCAAGAUUCAGAAGCUCCUUCAGGAUUUCUUCAAUGGGAAGGAACUGAACAAGAGCAUCAACCCUGAUGAAGCUGUAGCUUACGGGGCAGCUGUUCAAGCUGCAAUUUUGUCUGGAGACAAAUCAGAGAAUGUGCAAGACCUGCUCUUGCUGGAUGUCACUCCUCUGUCUCUGGGUAUCGAAACAGCUGGUGGUGUCAUGACUGUGCUGAUCAAGCGUAACACCACUAUUCCUACCAAACAGACCCAGACAUUCACAACAUACUCUGACAACCAGCCAGGAGUACUGAUACAGGUUUAUGAAGGAGAGAGAGCGAUGACCAAGGACAAUAACUUGCUGGGCAAGUUUGAAUUGACUGGCAUUCCUCCAGCCCCAAGGGGUGUACCUCAAAUUGAAGUAACUUUUGAUAUUGAUGCCAAUGGUAUCCUCAAUGUGUCAGCUGUGGAUAAGAGCACUGGAAAAGAGAACAAGAUCACCAUUACCAAUGACAAAGGCCGUCUUAGCAAGGAAGAUAUUGAGCGCAUGGUACAGGAAGCGGAAAAAUACAAAGCCGAAGAUGAAAAGCAGCGUGAUAAGGUGUCAUCCAAGAACUCUUUGGAAUCCUAUGCCUUCAAUAUGAAGGCGACGGUUGAAGAUGAGAAACUCCAAGGGAAAAUCGGUGAUGAGGACAAGCAGAAGAUUUUGGAUAAAUGCAACGAAAUCAUCAACUGGCUGGAUAAGAAUCAGACGGCUGAGAAGGAAGAAUUCGAGCACCAGCAGAAAGAGCUGGAGAAGGUUUGCAAUCCCAUCAUAACCAAGCUGUACCAGAGUGCGGGUGGGAUGCCCGGAGGCAUGCCUGGUGGCUUCCCUGGUGGUGGAGCACCCCCCUCUGGAGGAGCAUCUUCUGGACCAACCAUCGAGGAGGUGGAUUAAGUGCUGGAAGUGGCAUUCCACAGAGCACCUUCAGGACUUGAAGGACUCACUCAAGGGCAUUCUUCAUACUUUGGAACAUGCGCACACUUGAAAAUGCAACUUGAAUUUAAUAAACGAACCUAUUUAAUUGGCAACAUUAAA